CUUCCAAGGUCGACGGCAGCAGCACGGAUGGCAGCGAGAAUGAUGGCAGCAACUCCAAGAACAAGCUUUGGACUGAAGUGCUCUACGAAGACGUCAGCGUUGACACCAACAGUACCACCAUCGGAUCUGGCGACACGGGGUCGAGGUUCAUGUUCAGCACGCCUCUCUACAAGUCAAAGGACUUUACAAACAAGGUUGGCCAGCACUACCUCUCAGCAGUAGCCAUGUGGAAUGACCUAAUCAUGAUCACCUGCAGCCUCAAUUUUGACAACGGAAUUAUUACCGCCUCAG